AUGAAAUUGAUUGAUAAAGUAUAUUUAUGGUAUUUCAUUAUUCAUAUUCCCAUAACAAUUUUCAUUGAUUCAUCAAUUGUUAUUCCUAAACAUUAUCAAUUAUCAAUCACGAAAUCAAUUUUAGAAUUUCAUAUAUCAACCAAUAAUGAUAUUUUAUUAGCAUAUCCACAAACCUGGUUUAAAAUAUUUGGAUUUAUUGAAUUAAUAUUUCAAUUACCUUUAUUUUUCUAUUUCAUUUAUAAAUUACUUUCUUCUAAUAGGAGGGUGUUGGAUGUUAAUUAUUAUUUAUGGAGUAUAAUAUAUGGUUUUAAUGCUGGUUUUACUACUUUUGUUUGCUUAAUUUGGUUAAUUAUUGAAUAUAAAAAUUUCCAAUUACUGGAUUUACAAUUGAUAAAUUUAUUGGCAAUUUAUAUUCCUUAUUUAUUAUUACCUUUGAUAUUAUUGAUUCAUUCAUUUAAACAAAUACAACAGUACAAUAAUAACAACCACAACAAAUUGAAACAACAAUAA